UGCAUUAACGAAUGAAUUGGAAAUCUGCAGUUCAUCGAACAAUGACUAGCGAGGAUGACUGUAGUAUUGUUCGCGUUGAGCUAUUGAGCGGCUUGUCCGACAAUUUGAGAUGACAUCCAUUCAACUGAAGGGUGAAUACAGCCCACGCAAACUGCCAUGGCCUCUGCCAAUCCCAAAGCCCAGUGCUUGCGAGAAUUGCACCCAUCUGCCUCAAUCCAAAGGCGGGGACUCCCUUCAGAGUCUCUUCAACAAUGCAACACAUAAUGGUUCUGGAAUGAACGUUAACAUCAAUGCCACUAUUGCCCCGACCUUUGGCCACUCCAUUUGUCCCGAGGCUGCAUAUUUGUCACAUUCUGAUGUGGCCAGCACCCCCGGGGUCACCAACUGGUUUGACUCGCUUUGGACCCCACUAUUCUUGACCGAGCAACCAACACAAAACACGAUGGUUAAAGGAUCAAGUAUGGCUGAUGUACUUAUCGACCAGCCUAUCUUCCCGGCACACCUUCUUUUAUCGCAACCUCUCUGGCCUGCGAUUGAUCAUCCUCCUAACAUUGACGGCAGAUUUCACGGAAAGCCUUUUAACCCACACCAGACACGAACUUUGGUGGUACCCUCUUCACCGUCGCAGAGCACGGCAUCUAAUCCCAGGGUUCACGCGCUGGAAUCAGAAAUAACUUCCUUCGACUGUGCUCAGCGGGUCAAUUCUCAUCGUGCUGCAUUAUCUCCUAUGAGUAUACAACCCACCAACGAAGAAGACGCCCCAGUUCCUUCUUUCCGAUGCCCUUGGUCUAAAUGUACUUUACGGUUUAUGUCCCCCGAAGAAGCAUUUCUUCACGCCGUACAUCAUCCCGGUCGCAGAACAUUGAUAUGCCCUCACACUGGCUGCCCAUACACCUCGGUUCGGAUCGCCGACGUCAAAAGACACUGCCGAACGGCAAGUCAUGGACAACCUGCUUCGUUCCUUUGCAGGGGAUGUAAACGCAUGUUUACUCGAAAGGAUGCGGUCAGGCGCCAUCAGCUUCAAUCGGCGAAGGACCCGCAGUGCGUAGCAUAUGCGGGAUCGGACGCGGGAGUUGGCAUUGGGGGGAAACGUGGGUGGAGGAGGCAGUGACUAGUAUGACAACAUUCAUGAAAAUGGGCGUCGUUGGAACUAGGAUA